AUGACAACAUUCAUGGGAAACUUUAAACUUGUUAGGUACUCCACCGUGCUCGCAUUCUUACGAGCAAGGCACUGCAAGGAGCAACUAUGCAUCAAACAUACGGUGCGAUUGAUCAGCAAUGAGGCGAUCAGGAAAAAGCCCGAACUUGUUUUUGCAAGAGACUGGCUGAAAACACUCAGUAUAACGUGCUUGCCCUCGAAAGAAUUCGUCUUGCGGUAUGAUCGUGCUAGUGGUCCGGGGGGUCAAAACGUCAAUAAAGUGAAUAGUAAAUGUACGCUAACACUUCCUACUUUAUCAAGUUGUGCUUGGAUCCCUCACGAAGUGAGAAAUAUCAUAUGUAGCAGCAAGUUUCGCUACUAUACUAAAAGCAGUGAUUCUGUAGUAAUUCAAUCCGAUGAAACCAGAUCAAGGGAAACUAAUAAACUAAAAUGCUUCGAGAAGUUGGUCCACGAGAUCAAACAAACCUGCCAGUUUCCUAAUGACACUACGGCCGAGACUACGAAAAAAUGGACCAACAUUAAAGAGAAAUCUAACAAAGUACGACUUCUCAAUAAGAAGGCGCAUGGCGAUAAAAAGAAGAAUAGAUGCAAAAUUAAAUUCAAUUACUAG